AUGCGGAGCCUUCUCGGCCUUCUCCUCCUCUGCGCCGUGCCAGCAGAGGAUGUCCCUUCCUGCGAUUCCACGGCUGACCUGCGUGAGGGUCCACCCAGCUGUGGAGAUGCAUCAGGAAGUUGCAAAAAGUCCAGAUCACUAGCAGAGGAGGCUGGCCAGGAGACAGGUUUCUCCAUGAUGCAGCACAGAGCGCUGGAUCGACGACACAGGACAAAGAAGCCGUGGGAAUCCUUGAAGUUUACGGCAGUUGCAUACCACAAGUCGGGCGUCUUCCUGAUGCAGGAGUUGCAGAGGAUGAUCUUCGACAAAUUGAACGCUUCCGAUGAAGUGUACGGCCUUUGGCAGCAGCCGUGCUUCAACGAGAUCGUCUACAACGAGGAGUGGUGCAGGCACCAGACGGCGCCAGUCCGAACCUUGGUGGAUAUCUAUGGCCCAGACAUGGAGCGGAACGAGCGAGAGGAUGCCAAGCCGAAUGGAAUGCGAGUUGCGGGCUCGGUUCGAGACCCCCUGGCCAUGAUCGCCUCUGCAUAUUGCUACCACCAUCGAGGGGAGGAGCUGGGCUACACCACCUUGUGGCCGCCGGGCCUCAUCAUGACCAUGGGCCCGGAGGAUGGUGUGAAGUUUGCGGCAGAGAGAAUGCUCACGACUGUGCGCAACAUGACCGCCAUCUUUGCAAAUCCUGCCGAGGAUACCAUCCGCUUGUCCUUCGAGAACUUCUCAGCUUCCAGUGAAAGCUUCGAUCUCGAGGUGGCUCGCUUAGUGGAUUUCUGGCUUCGGGACCUCAUCGACGACAAGGAGCGCGAGCUGAUCCUCGAGAAUUGCAAGCAGGCAGAUCUCCAUCGAAACCGCGACGUGCUUUCCCAGCACCAUGAUGUCGCGACCCAUAGCAACGACAAGGAAUGCGAGGCCAAAGCCAUGGAAGCAACCAAGAAGCUGCCUCCGGACCUCCUCCAGCAGUACCGGACAUUUCAAGCUCAGCUCGGAUACCCCACGGACAGCUAA